AUGGAAAGUGAGAAUCAACGUCCGAAGAAGCUCGUCUCCUUCUCAGAGCGAGUUGCUGCCUUUCGCACGAAAAGGAAUAGCUUACGUUUCCCUUCGCAAGAGGAUAUUGCAAUGGAGCAAAGGCGCAUUCCAUCUUUAAGCUUUCGGAACGAACCGCCUCUCCAGCAAGACGAUUUCAGACGAUCUUUCAUACGAUGGCAAUAUGAAAUGCCAGAAGAAGAAUCUAGCCUCGAUCCAGAAUUGCUGCCCAACGAAAACCUGAUCCAAACAAUACUACUCCCAGCAACAAUUAUUUACAUUCCCAUCGCUCUCCUGGCCGGUGCUCUACUUGAUCUGGUUUAUAUUUACAGAAUCGACCUUGUUCCAAAUUUGUUCAAGCCAACAGAAACAUCAUUGCGCGGGCCUGGCUUCCUGUCUACAUUGGCGCCGCUACUGGGCUCUUUCAUAUUGUCUAUCUUUGCUCUUCCCGUCUCCCGGAGACUGCGAGAUGCAUCUAGAGAAGCGAAAUACCUCAAUCUACCGACUUCUUUUCAGAUGAGUUUGCUCAUUGGGAUUUUGAUCGCGUCUGCACAGCAAUUGCGGUCUUAUCUCUGGUAUCUUCUCCGCCGGCGGAGACCCAGCAUCCCGCCAGUUUUGCACUGCGCCGCUUCCAUGAUGCUCCUCAGUCUAGUUAUGGCUGCCGGAGUGUUCAUUGCGGACACGAUCUUGCAUUACACGACAUCGACCGUUGAAUUUGAUCAGAUACUGGUUCUGCCGCAGCCCGAUCAAGAAUUUGGACGUGGUCUCUCAGAAUUUUGCUUGACCUUUAACCGAACUUUGGUGGGACUGCCUUGUUCUGACACGACUGACUCUGGACAAGUCGACCCAAAUGCCAAUCUCGAGGCAACAGCAAUGAAUCGGCUGUUGCACAACACUUCGCAACUCUCAGAGAUUCGAAUUACAGCAACAGAGGACGUUCCAGGAGCUGGUCUGGCAUACCUCAUUCCGCAACAACAAAGGAUUGCUCCCAACAUUGAUUACCAAGCGUCUACCAUUGGAAUAUCUACAACGUGCCGCUUUGUCAAGCCCUCUAGCUGUGGCAUGGCCCUCUGGGAUAAUUACUAUACUAACUUCAGCUGUACUGAUAUGUUCCACGGCACCAUCGGAAUGCCACCGAUCAUGAUCACCAACAUAAACAAUCCACGUCCUCCAGAUCCAUAUCGCUCAUUCUUGAUGUACAAAGGAGCCGCGAACCUGAUGUACUCUUUUUUCAACGACUCGGGAAUGAGGAACAUUUACAAUACUGUUGGCUACAAUGACUCGGGCGAUUUCGACCUAAGCAUCUCUCCAUAUCCCAACUCUCAGUUGGUGAAUCCAUUCUAUGUCGGCAUUGCUGCGCGAAUCUCGACAACAAGUGGACAAUUUGUGUCUGGCAAUGAAAUGCUGACAAAUAACACAGACGCCACUUUCAUUUCCGCCGGCGUCGUGGAUUUCAUUCUUGAUUGCGCCGUGGCCUCAUACGACGUUUCAUAUACCUGGGUCGAUGGCGGCUUGCAGGAUAUCAAUGCCGUGCCAUCUGGUAAUGGCAGCAUCCUGGAAAUUUUCCAUGGCUCUUUGCUGUAUGCGACUAUCAGUGGUGGUGAUCCUGCUCUACAAGAUUACCUCACGCAGUCUGCACUGGCUGGAAACACGACCGAUUCUUUUCUCCAGAAAUUUGGAAGGCUAUACUAUACCAAGGUCUUAGCAUACAUUGGUGGCUACACCACCGGUCGUGUUGCUCUUGCUCAACAACAGCGUGACCAUAUGCUCCUUUCUAAAGUGCCUCUUCCACCCUUGGCUAUAUUAGUGGCAUGGAGCUUCUGCUACCUCUUGCUUGGACUAAUACUUGGCUUCCAAGCAUACUGGGCAUCCCGCGACAAUGUUCGCGAUAUCGCAGCCAAACUGAGCUUAUCGGGGCUCUCGCAGGCAGCUUUUGGCGACAGACAAAAGGGAGCAUCUAGUGGUGGGACUACUUCGAGGGAGGAUGUAAACCAGGUUAUCAAGCAGGAGACGAGACGGAUUCUCGUCGACGGUAGCGCACAACAGGGUUUCGAGUUCGGCGUCAUGCUAUGA